CUUUUUUUAGUCGAGUGAGAUUCUUUUUCCUUUUUCUUUUUUCUUUUUUUUUUUUAAUUUUUAAUGGACAAAGACUACUUUAUGCACGCUGGAAUUUCACGGUGGAAUGAAGUGAACUGCAGCGCCGAUCAGUCUUUCAGCUACGAACAAUUGAGCCUCUUAGACUCGUCCCUGCCGCCCAAUAACUCUUUGCCGGCGAUCGGCUGCGGCAUGACUGCGAAUUCCGUCAGCAGCUCACCCAAGCUGAAUCUGCCGAUCCCCAAUUCCGAGAGGUCGGCAGCCCUGGCGCCACCGCUCGCCGCCGAUCCCUUCAAUAGCGAAUUUGGGAUUAGAUCCAGCAGUUCUUCUCCAUUAUCCUCGAUAGAUGCUAAAUUAUCCCGUGUUUCGAGCUUCUCCGCCCUCAGGAAUGGCGGAUCGGCAAACGACAAUAAAUUGAGUAAACUGUCGGGGUCCAACGAGUCCACUGUUUCUCAACAAAUCGCAAGUGGAGAAACGGGUUCCAAGAUCUCCAGCGAGACGAUGAGUUUUAGGAAGAGAAAAUCUGCGAAAAUUAAAUCAAAUUCAGCCGAGAUAGCUGAAGGUGGUGAAAAUGAAAAUGGCAAACGUUCAAAGCUAGCACAAGGUGGGAGGGUUGAGGCGAAAACGGAGGAGGCAACAAAAUCAGGGUCAACUGACGAAAGUGAUAAACAAAAGGGGAAACAAAAACCUCCCGAGCCACCAAAGGACUAUAUUCAUGUCAGAGCAAGAAGGGGUCAAGCCACUGAUAGCCAUAGUCUAGCUGAAAGAGUCCGUCGUGAAAAAAUUAGCGAGAGAAUGAAACUACUCCAGGAUCUUGUCCCUGGUUGCAAUAAGGUGACUGGGAAAGCACUCAUGCUUGAUGAGAUCAUUAACUACGUUCAGUCAUUACAGCGCCAAGUCGAGUUUCUGUCCAUGAAAUUGGCCUCUGUCAAUCCAGGCCUGGAUUUCAGCAUGGAGAAUCUUCUCUCCAAGGAUAUGUUCCAACAAAAUGCACUCACUCUGCCCCAACAAAUGUACACUUUGGAUUCCUCUUCAACACCAUUUUUUCACCAAAAUGUACACCAUAAUCAUAACAGCGGUACCAACAUCUUAACCGGUCCAUUGAGCCAAUGCCCAAUAGAUCCUCUACCUAUGGAUGCUCGAAAUUUAGGAAUUCAUUUGCCGUCUCUCGAUGGCUUUAACAAUACUCUUCUUCAGCAUUCCCCCAUUGACGUACCUGUGGAGCAUCCAAGUCUUGAUCGAAGCACGACGAUACUUGUAUUGUAUUGUAUAGGAAUGUACGAUAAUUCGAUU